GCCCCGGCGGAGAUCAUGUCGAAGGCGGCUGGAGGCGCGGCGGCGGCGGAAAGUUGUCCCCCAGCCCCUGCCGGCCCGUCUGCCGCCGCCGUGGAGGACCUGUCCAAAGUGUCAGACGAGGAGCUGCUGCAGUGGAGCAAGGAGGAGCUGAUCCGCAGCCUAAGGCGCGCUGAGGCCGAGAAGGUGAGCGCGAUGCUAGACCACAGCAACCUCAUCCGCGAGGUGAACCGCCGUCUGCAGCUGCAUCUCGGCGAGAUCCGCGGGCUCAAGGAUAUCAACCAGAAACUCCAGGAGGACAACCAAGAAUUGAGGGACCUCUGCUGUUUUUUGGAUGAUGACCGACAGAAAGGCAAGAGAGUGUCCCGGGAGUGGCAGAGACUAGGCCGCUACACCGCUGGAGUGAUGCACAAGGAGGUGGCCUUAUACUUGCAGAAGCUGAAAGAGCUAGAAGUGAAGCAGGAGGAGGUGGUGAAGGAGAACAUGGAGCUCAAAGAGCUCUGUGUGCUGCUGGAUGAGGAGAAGGGUGCCGGCUGUGCAGGGAGCCGUUGCUCCAUUGAUAGCCAGGCCAGCCUGUGCCAGCUCACAGCCUCCACUGCGCCCUAUGUGCGGGAUGUAGGUGACGGCAGCAGCACCUCCAGUACAGGCAGCACAGACAGCCCUGACCACCACAAGCAUCACACAAGCACCGGCAGCCCUGAACACCUGCAGAAGCCCCGGAGCGAGGGCAGCCCGGAGCACUCCAAACACAGAAGCACUAGUCCUGAGCAUCUACAGAAACCCCGAGCCCCAGGGACUGUGGAGCACCCCAAAGCACUGAAAGGACCCAGCCCCGAACAUCACAAACCCUUGUGCAAAGGUAGCCCUGAACAGCAAAGGCACCCCCACCCAGGGAGCAGCCCUGAAACACUGCCUAAGCAUGUACUUAGUGGAAGCCCUGAACAUUUCCAGAAGCACCGGCCAGGGGGAAGCCCUGAGCAUGCCAGGCAUAGUGGAGGGAGCCCUGAGAAUCUUCAGAAACACGCCCUUAGUGGGAGUUUGGAGCAUCUACCCAGAGUCAGGGGAACCAGCCCAGAGCACCUCAAGCAGCAUUUUGCAGGAAGCCCUGAUCACAAACAUGUGGGUGGAGGAGGUGGAGGCAGUGGAGGAGGCAGCAGGGAGGGUACCCUCCGAAGGCAGGCACAAGAGGACUCGUCACCCCAUCACAGGAGUGUCUACAGUGGCAUGAAUGAAUCAACCUUGUCCUAUGUUAGGCAGCUGGAGGCAAGAGUAAGACAGCUGGAGGAAGAAAAUCGCAUGCUGCCCCAGGCCACCCAGAAUAGAAGGCAACCUCCAACUAGAAACAGCUCAAAUAUGGAGAAAGGCUGGGGGCCCAGAGCCCGGCGGGUCUGGCAGUGGUGGCAAGGGUGCCGAGGAAUAGGAAGAUGCCUGCCCACUCUCCCGGGUUCUUUUAGGUUGUCAUCAGGGGCUGAUGGGAGUAACAGUUCACCCAACUCUCCAGCUAGCUUCAGUGGACAUACCACACCUUCUCAGCAGCCUGAACCCGUGGUACAUUCUCUGAAGGUCUUGGAUGUUCAGGAAACUAUAGAUCGUCAGCAGGGUAAAGAGUUCGAACAUGACCUUAGUGAGACAGAAAAAGCUAUAGUCAGAGAAAUGUGCAAUGUUGUGUGGAGGAAACUUGGCGAUGCUGCAGGCUCUUGUCCUGGAAUUAGGCAACAUUUGUCGGGAAACCAGUACAAAGGACCAAUGUGAGAAGCACAGUCUUUUAAACAUGAGAUCACAACUGCCAGAGAGUGAUAAGGAAGAAAGAAUGGACUUCCACAAGCCUGGACCUCAUGAAAUAACAUGAAAUAGUUGUCCACUGCAUAUCUUUUUCCCUCUAUAACAUUACCAACUAAAGCUGUAUUUUGUCUCUCUCAUUUCAAUGUCCUCAAUAGUCAAUCUCAAACAAGAUAGCUUUGGAAAUCACCAUCUUGGUAUUAGUGUUUUCAUUAGAAUUAAAACCAUUUUUGACUGUUCAGAAACAAGGUUAUUACGGGAAACCUGCAUGAUUGGAAGAGUCAGUAGAACCUCAGUCAGUGCUUUUGAUAGAGUUGACUCAUUGUAUUAAGUGGUGGAGGUUUUCCUCCAUGUUAUAUUGAAAAUUAAAGUAAAUAAAUAAAAGGUAUCUUCCUGCUUACCAAGUUUGAGAUCUAGGCACCUGUUUCUUAUAUUUUAAGCAACAAACUAGUAGUUCCUGGCACCUAAUUAAUUUGGAUGCAAGAUUAGAUUUUGAGGCUUUUGUUUUUUACUUUUGAGGUGCUAAAAAUAACAAAUUUUUACCAGCUAGAAGGGUAGCAAGACUUGAUAGGGUGCUUAUUUGAAGAGUACCAUUUAUGUCAGUGGAACAGAAUAAAUAUUUUGUUUCUCUUAGUAUUGAUGUAUUGUUCAGGAAGACAUAUCUUGGGGACAUUAACUUACAUUCCUUUAGUGUGUCCAUUAAUGUUAACAAUUUGAAUUAAAGAACAAAUAUAAUUUUUCUGUAUCCAGCUGUGAAAUGUCAAUUUAUACAAUUUAGUUUUUAGACAUACCAUUAUAUUUAAUAAACUUUAUGUAAACCUUAAAAUAUUGCUCUGCUUUUACAAAAAAAAAAAAAGCUUUCUUGCCUACAGCAACUGUUUUCUGAAAGUGACGCAUGUCCUUCAUUGAGGCUAAAAGCUCUUCUUCAGAUUGCUUGAGGUUCAAAAAAGAGGUGCACUAGCUUUGCUUAGUUUAUUUCAUAUUUUUGGUAUCUACACACACAUAUAUAUAAAUAAUCUUAGAAUGUGUAUCAGAAAUGCUAUGAUAGAUAUUUUGUGUUUAUCCAAAUGCAAUGAUAGUUUCUUGUAUGAAUGUGCAAGAAGCCUGUAAAAGAAUAACAAGUUUUUACUGUAGUUUAAAAUUAUAAAUGUAGGAAUGCAACAAUUCCCAUUUUUUUAGAUUUAAAUUAUAGGGAUUUGAUUCCUGUUGGUGUAGUUUUUAAAUGGGCUCAUUAAAUGGUGUAUUGUGAAGAAAUUUCAUUACACUUUUUAAAUGUUAGUGUGAUGAAUACCCACACCUCUGCUUUUAGAAAAUAUUUAUGAAUUAAUUUACUAUAGAAUUACCUCUGUAAUUAUCAUAAUUGGGUUGCCAUUUAAAUGCCAUAUAUUUUUAAAAUACAAUUACACUAUAAAAGUAAAUUGCUUGCUAUAUUUCUCUUAUACAAAAACUUUCAUCCUGAAAUUGUUGUAUUCCUACACUCCGGAGACAUUUAAAACAAGUUUUGUGCCUGCAGACACUAAUAUAAGAACACUGGUCUUUUGGCAGAAUAAUUGUGUACAUUUUGAUACUGUAUUAAAACUAUUUUUUUAAAGUUCUGCAUAAAAUGAGUAGCAAGUAUGUGUUCAUCUUAGCAAUGGUAAUAAAUUAUUUAAUCUCA